AUGGUUGCCUUCAAGAACCUCCUCCUCAUCGCUGCCGCUUUUGUGGGUGUCAUUGCCCAAGAUGAUGCCCCCGAGGGCGACACCGCAGCAGCCCAGGCAUACUGGGACCAGGUCCUGGCCGGUGCUGAAACUCAGACCGGAGAUGCUGUUGAGAAGCGAUCUCUUAUCCACGCUGCUCGUACCGUCGAGAUGAAGGACCCGUACAAGGGUUCCAUUUGCACCGCACCCUUUACUGCUCCUCCAUGCGAGACUCACUGCACUCGCAACAACUGCUUCCGCGGCUUCCUGAACGCUCGCGAUGGCUCCUCCGGCAAGCAUUGCCCCAAAGAGGCUUUCGGCUUUUGCUGCGCCUGGAACUACGCACCGGACUUCAUCAAGUGGUACGCCGUGAAGUACGACAUUCUGUACGCUGUCGCCCCGUAUGCUUCCUCUUGCAAGAGCUCCGAUGACACCGCUUGGGAUGUUGUCAACAAGGUCAACGAUGUCUGCGGCUGCACUCUUAACCAUGAGGUCACCAUUGACACCUCCAAUGCUUACUAUGGACUCCGCGCACUCAAUCCCGGUAACUCCAAGUGCCACUAA